UUCUCAAUCAACGUCCUGUUAGAUUCUGAUGUUUUUGAUCCAAGGCUCUUUCAGAAGUCAAGUCAGAGGCAUAAAACUUGUUGUUUCACAAUUGUUUUAUUAAGCACUAAUAGAACAAAGAGAACUGGAAACAGAUGGUAACGGAGGUCUAGUAAGGGAAAGAGAGAAUAGUGGAGCAAAGUGUCAGCUCUUUUAAUACCAUAGAUAAGAAAAAUUCCUAUCAAAUUUGUAGAUAAGAGUUAACCAAUAAGGUAGUCCCUAUUCAAAUAGAAUGCAACAGGCUUUCAGAAUCAUACAAUGUAACUACUAGGGGACACAUGGAACGAUUGCAUAUACAUAUUGUGACCACUAGGAAACAUACUAAACAGUUACGUGUAUAUAGGUAGUUAUAAAAAUACUAGCAGACAGAAACUGCUAAACCUGCAAAAGAUAAUGACAAUACAACAGUCUGCUCUUAUUCCCUCCAUUCAUUCCCGCUGCUGUGGAAAAUUCCAUAUCAAGAUCACUAGACUCAAAAACAGUUAAACCCAGCCACCACUACUUUAUCAUUUCCUGGCAGUUGUCUUAUGUACAGAUACUCCUGCACCUUUCCCCCUGUUACGUACACUCAAUCAGACUAAUCUUAUGUAUUUUACGCUUGUUAUGUUCUUAAUGCUUAUUGUGUUUUUUUAUGCUGCAUCGGAUCCGGAGGAACAAUCAUUUUGUCAAUUGACAAUAAACAAUUUUGAAUCUUGAAUCUUGAAACGUCAAUUGACUCGCUGCUGCUAAGAACAUGAGCAAGCAGACCUUUAAGCAAAGCGUGAAGCGUGGCUGGUCAUACAUUGGUCGAAAGAUGGAUGUGGCUGACUUUGAGUGGGUUAUGUGGUUCACCAAGUUCCGAAACUACAUUCUUUUUGCCUUAUCGGGUCACGUGCUCUUUGGGAAAGCAAUUUCCAUGGCCUUACCUCAGCACAGAUCCGUAUACUUUAUGGUUUAUGGGAUUCUUGCAGUCCUGGCUACAAUGGGCUUCUCCUAUCUCAUGUUAAUCCUGUCCCACUGCAUCCUUCUCUAUGGCAUUGCCCUGGCUAAACAGAAGUGGCUGUGCUUUGCUGCUGGACUCUGCAGUUUGGCAACGUUUAAAAUAGAGCCCGUGGCUUCCUGGCAGACAGGAUUUGUAACGGGCACCUUCCAGCUCCAGGACGUCCUGUUCUAUGGAGGAAGUGGCUUCACCAUCAUGCGAUGCAUGAGCUUUGCAUUGGAGAACGUCGAGAGGAAAGCUGGGAACUACUCAAUCCUGGACCUUCUCAUCUACAACUUCUACCUCCCCUUCUUCUUCUUUGGGCCAGUGAUGACGUUCGAUCAGUUCCACGCACAGAUAAAUCAGUCCAGGUUCACUCGGAAGCAGAACGAGAUGUGGAACAUUGGGAAAUAUGCUCUGAUGCAUCUCGCUGUCAUCAUCCUGGUGGACAUCAUCUUCCAUUACCUCUACAUUCUAACCAUACCUUCCGACCUCAAGCUGACAACAACGCUUUCUGAUUGGGCAUUAGCCUGUCUGGCUUACUUCAACCUGGUGUACGACUGGAUAAAAGCAGCGGUGAUGUUCGGGGUGGUGGGGACCGUGGCAAGACUAGACUACCUCGACCCGCCCAAGCCACCGAAAUGUAUCACCAUGCUCUACGUUUUCGCUGAGACGCACUUUGACAGGGGGAUAAAUGACUGGCUGUGCAAGUAUGUCUACGAUUACUUGGGGGAAGAACACAACAACAUCUUUAAGGAGCUGUUGGCGACGGUCUGCACCUUCCUGGUCACUACACUGUGGCUGGGGCCAGACCCUGUGGUCUACAUCUGGUCUGUCUGCAACUGCUUCGGCCUCAACUUUGAGCUCUGGGUCCAGAAAUUCUUUGAGCUUGAACCUUUUGCAUCGAUUGAGGCAAAGCAGAUGUCCAAGGCAACGUCGCGAAGGAUUAGGGGUGUCUUCGGUGCUGCAAAUUUCUGGGCCAUUAUCUUGUACAACGUCCUCUCACUGAACAGCGUUGACUUUGCAAUACUGGUUGCUAGAAGGCUGUUCCUUGUUGGGUUUCCACUGAGUCCGAUAACCAUCCUCUUCGUGACCUAUUGUGGAGUCCAGCUGGUGAAAGAGAAUGAGCGCAGGUUGGCACUGGAAGCAGAGAAAGAGAAGGCCGAAUAGAGGACUGGCCAAGAGAGAGAAGGGAGCCACAGGAAGUCCUUCCCUCUCAUCUGCAACCCAACUGGCUAUUUUUGAGUCACACAAAGGAAGUUUUCGGUUAUCCAAAUGAGUUGCUGCCAAAAAAAAUUGUCCCAGUGAGAGUGGAUCUUUUCAGUGGGACACAGGCUUUAAUGUAAUCUCCCGUUCACCACAGAUCAUCCAGAAGACUCUUCCCGCUGGAAUUAGGCGGGUUGAGGGCAGGGGUUCCCAAUUUAUGCAACAAAAGCUAUAGCCCCCCCCCUCGUCCUGCCUGCUUCUGCACUCCCAGUUCCAGGGUUGCCUUGGGGUAUCCGAUCACAAUCACUCAGUGGCCGAAUGGCGUGAAGGGGUCUGGAUUUAGCAUAAAAACACUCACAUGAGGGAAGGACGGGCAAGUUCUGUGCAGAUCCGUAUUUCAGUACUGCUAACCCUUUUUUGUGGGGAUUACAGUCAACUUCAGUGUCCUGCAAUAUGGCUUCCAGUGCAGGGCUGAGUUCUCAAGUCAGCUGGGGGGGGGGGCGCGUCUGGGUUGUCUGAGAUUCUAAGCAAAGCCUUUCUUUCCCCAGUGACAGUCUCUUCCCCCAAGGAACCACCACAGAAAGAUUCUGUCCACUGCCCCUUGGCUGGUUCCCAAUAUGUCCCUGCCCCUACACAUCCUCUGGCUAUCUCCCUCCUUGCCCCCUGCUUUUCUUCAGACCCUUUCGCUCGUUCACCCUUGAAGGAUCUCAGCCCAAAAUGUCGAUUGUUUUAACUACUUAAGACUGUAAGACAUAAGAGCAGAAUUGGGCUGUUCGGCCCAUCGAGUCUGCUCUGCCAUUCCAUCAUAAUUCAAUGUACAUGGAGUCAUGAUGAAAACUUACAUUUUUAAUCCCCUGAUUAGAUGCUGCCUGAUCUCCUGAGUUCCUCCAGUAUUUUGUGUGUGUUACUCUAGAUUUCCAGCAUCUGCAGAAUUUUCUGUCUUUCUUGAAAGUGACUGUCAAAUCUUUGAGGCUUUGAGCUCACAACAACUGUCUGGGUAAGAGUAAUUCAACCACUAGCCCACGUCCAUGGUUGCCUGGACUAGUUGUGGGUCACCUUGCCCCCACCCCCACCACUGCAUUUACCAGCCAAUUUCUCCUUCUGGCAGGGGUGAUGGUAAGUGGGGGAGGGGAAACCAAAGAUCCACUACCACUGGGAAGGGGAAAGAUUUAAAGAGAUGAGCUUUACUUGCCACAUAUAAAUCGAAGCGUACAGUAAAAUGUGUCGUUUGCAUCGGAUCAGCGAGGUAGCACUGGAGGGGAGCCUGCGGGUGUCACCCCGAUUCCAGCACCAACAAAGCUUGCCCAUAACUCACUCUGCCUCUACCCAUGCAUCUUUGGACUGUGGGAGGAAACCAGAGCACCUGGAGGAAACCCACACGGUCGCAGGGAGAACGUACCAACUCCUACAGGCAGCGGUGGAGCUGGAUCCGCUGUGCUACUGUCCCGUCCAGAACGGCACAAGUCACAGGAACGCACAGGAUAUUUGCAGGGACUUGCGCUACUGGUGAAAUAUUGAUAUCCCCCAACUACCUGAGGAUGAAGCUUGCCAAGCAAAAUUCGGCAGCAAGUUAUUGCCCAUCUCCACUUCGUGAAGAUUACUGUAUCUGCGGGUGUGGGCGUUGGCAGUGUUCAACAUCUUGAGAACCUGCACCCCAGAUACUCUGAACCCAAUGCACUGUAAACAGUAAACCGUAAAUUAUAAGCACAUCCAUUAGUAAUAAAUAUAAUAAUUUGAUCUUCACAUUUUUUAUGCAUGUCUUCAUUUUCUUGUCUGAUGCACCUCUUCGGGGAAUAUG